UAGAUGACGGAAAGCAGAUCUCGAUGGACCGGAGUUGAGUUCAAACCUCUCAGUUGACAGCAUCACCAUGUCCUACUCUUAUCUGUGCACCGAUCUGCAGACGCAUUAUAACCUUCACACGAAACAAUGUGUAUCGUGUGACAUGACAUGGAUAAAACCAGGGUACGAGUUCGUCCCGAACUGUGGAUACGCGGACAACGGCGGGCGACGAGACAGCCACACUCAGAAGUGUGCGGACAAUUACUGGAACGACGGAAAAAGUGGGAAAUGUCGAAUGUGUUCGGCUUGUCCGACUGGGGUACUAACUGUGCGCCAAUGUAACGCAACCGUCGAUACGUGCUGCGGCUUUGGAGAAAACAGUGACCCAGCAAGGGUGAGUUUAAUGGUGGACAAUCGGAUGGAAAUCAGGGUGGCUAUCAUUGUCCUCUUGGCUUGCGUCAUGGUGGGCGCGUUAACCUACUUCAUCUACAAAAGGAAAAAUAAAAGCUGUCAAGGGCUAAUUGCAGAUGGAAACGGUAAUGAGGCUUUUUUGAGUCAACGUGACGGCCAGGAAUGGAAAGCGGUUCUAAUUCCACAGGUGACUGCGGCCCCCCUGCGGAUGGUGCUGGACGAUCUGGACGUCCUGGAGGAGCUCAUAAUCCUCCUGGACCCAGAAGGCCACGGGGUGAAGUGCACCCGACACCUGGCGUCGUACUGCUCCUUCCCGUCCACCUGGAUCAACUACACCUACUCCAUGAGGGACAGCAAGAGCCCCCUGAAGACCCUGUUAGAGGGGGUGACCACCAAGUACCCUGAGUGGACGGUGGGGGACCUGGCCCGGUUGCUAGGGGAGAUGGGGCGCACCGACGCUAUAGUGGUCCUGGCUAAACUCAGGCCGAGUGUACACACCGUCUGAAGGCCAGUGUGUGUUCUUGCGACUUCAUCUCGUAAGCAACACAACAGGGGGUCUGCACCACACACAGCCUAGAGACUUGAGUCUCAAGGGCUUGUGGCGUGCGUGUCGAACCAAUUCAGAAUGUGAAUGCAAAGGCCACAAAUGUUGCCGACCAGUGAGGGGUGUAGUGAGAGGGAGUGGCAAACAUGUACCAGGGGACAGUGGGACUUCAUGGUCUUAACUUCAUAACAUAGCAUUGAAAGUAGAUUACAUAGAAAAAAAUAAUUACAAUUUUUUAAGUAUUUUUGUAUGUUGUACCAAUAUUGUAUUAUUGUAUAUAUUGCAAAAAUAUAUAAAUGUAUGCAAGUGUGUUUGCAGACGCGUCUACUUCCCCCAUACUGUAUUGCAGUUACAUUUUUUCAAGGUUUUCCAAAACCUUGAAAGAAAUCUGAAAAACCUGUAUACCCAAAAUCUGGUCCACAUAUUCCUCAAUAUCUCAUCAUCAUUCGAUCAAACACCAAUCCGCUUCAAAGCCUCAUUAGCCUGACGAGCUAGCAUGUUUGCAGAAUAUUGCUCACAUGAUGAGUUAGCUCAAUGUUACCACAGGCAUUUUCUUUAGAAAACAUACAUACCUAGUUUAGGAUGCAUGAUGCUGAAUAAUUAUCUUUCCAUUUUAUUUUACAGAUUUGUAUGCCUUUUUUUAUGCGUGAAAUUUUAUUUCACUUUGAUUCAAUAAAGUACAAUGAUACAAAA